AUGGCUGAUUAUACCAAGAAAAUUUCUCUCAGUCCCGCCAUUGUCACCGGCGGAUGUGGAUUUCUUGGGUCCCAUCUAGUCGAGCAACUGCUCAAAGACCCCGAAUGUCAAGUGCACAUUCUUGACAUCGAAACUGACCGCAAUCGAUUGCCUGGGGCUACUUAUCACAUUUGCGACAUCACGUCCGUUGACGAUGUGAAGUCUGCUUUUCUCGAGAUAAAGCCCAAAGUCGUCUUCCACGUUGUGUCUCCCGAUCCCCUGUCGCACGAUCAUGUGCGCUUCCAGCGCGUCAACGUCGAUGGAACGCACAACCUUCUCCUGGCUGCCAGAGCCGCCCACACUCAAGCUUUUGUGUACACCUCUACUUCAUCAGUCGUACAUAACCACGUGGACAACAUGCUGGAUGCUGAUGAAACAUUACCUGUACUUCGAUACCCGGCCCAGACGAACGUCUACACCUUGACCAAGGUCGCAGCAGAAGACAAAGUCCGGGAGGCUAACCGGGAAAAUGGCGACGAAUCUUUGUUGACGGCAAUACUUCGGCCUGCUUCUACUUUCGGCGAACGAGAUUACCUCAACUUCUGGUCUAUCGUUACAAAGGCCAGGGCUGGACGAGCCAAUGUCCAGAUUGGUGAUGGCAAAAACUUGUUUUCGUACACGUAUGUGGGUAACCUCGUUGACGCGCACAUCUUGGCAGCUGAAGCCCUCGUGCGUGCCUAUGCGAAACCGCCACCGUCCCCCGAGUGGCGCGUUGAUGGCGAGGCUUUCUUCAUUACGAAUGACGAGGAUCACGACUGGCAUUUCUGGGAUUACCAGCGGGCUGCAGCUGCGGCUGUAGGGUACCCCGUGAAGAAGGAGGAUAUCAAAGUCAUUCCUCUUACAUUGGCUCUAGUCAUGGGGUUUGUUGCUGAAUGCCCAAAGGUUUCCAUGUCUGAAGCCAUCAAGAGGACGGGAGAGUGGUUCAUUGAAGAGGCAAAGAGGUCUGAAGAGACAAAGAAGCAUGCUUGA